AUGGGAAUGUUCGUCGUGGCGAAUCUCUUGGGCAGUACAGUGCAGAUUUCCACGCUGCCGUUGCCAGUGCUUUCCACCUUGCAAGCCGCCGGUCUCGUCUUCAACUCUAUAUGUGCGACCUUGAUCCUUAGCGAACCGUUUACGCGAUGGUCUCUUUGCGGUACCCUCCUGGUGACGAGCGGCGCCGUCUUGAUUGCGAUAUUCGGGGCCAUUCCGUCCCCAGCUCACGACUUGAACGGCCUACUCGUCUUGCUGCGGCGAGGGCCCUUUAUAGCUUGGAUGGCAUUGCAGGCUCUAUUCGUCGUGGGGCUCGGCACGGUUACCGAUGUUGUCAAUAGCAUGUCCAGCAUAUCACACAAUUCUCGAUUCAGGCUUGCCCGUGGCAUUAUAUACGGUGUCAUCAGCGGAGAUUUAUCUGCACACGCGCUGCUCUUCGCCAAGUCAGCUGUGGAACUGUGUAUCAAAACCAUUGGCGGCGACAAUCAGUUUUCUCAUUGGGAGUCGUGGGCGAUUGUUCUCGGCUUGGUUUCCCUGGCGCUUUGUCAGCUUUACUACUUACAUCGAGGCCUAAAGCUAGUCUCGACCUCGGUUCUUUAUCCGCUUGUGUUUUGCGUAUACAACAUCAUCGCCAUAUUGGACGGGUUAAUAUACUUUGACCAGGUGAGCUUGAUUCCGCCACUGCAUGCCGGGCUCAUUGCUCUCGGCACGAUCAUCUUGCUCUCUGGCGUCUUCGCCCUCUCGUGGCGGCUUAGCGAUGAACAGCAUGCUCCAGGCGUCGGGCAGUCAACACUAGCUCCGGGGCUGGGGCUCCUCGACGACACAGAAGGCGAAGAGGAGUCUUUGCUUAGUUCAGAGGUCGCUGUGGAGGAAGGGAGCAGCUCGUCGGGUUACCAGACAUUCACAAUUGCGAACGGCGAUACCACUGUCCUCAUACCAACCCCGAAAAAGGAGUUUAGGUGGGCAGAAAGGGCCGAGAUUUGGGGCGAGUUGGAAGACCAAGAGGAACCCAUCACUCCAACAGGACGGUUACGUUCCGCAACUUUACCUGGACAAUCAGAAUCAUCUCCACUGCUGCCUCCAAGGAGGUCAGCCAGCGGUAAUUUUACGGCUUCGGGCGAGGCUGGCCUAAGCAACGAGCCCGUCUUUCACAGACCUGGCAGGCGGAGGAGGAGGAGCACAGGGUUUCCCGGUCUGGUGGCGCGCCGGAACAUUCGACAGCGGCAGUCUUCCAUAUCAGGAUCCCUGAGCGGCUGGCUCCAGUCCAUACCGUGGCUGAGAAGACGAGAGAUGCGAAGGUCAAUGAGCAGCUCCUUCACGGCAGACGAUGUAUCACGACAGCACCAUGACGACGACGAACACGAUGCCCCGAGUCAACGGGGAAGAGCGGGCAACGAUUCGGCUGUAUAA